AUGCACUCCAUCAACUGCCCGGAAUGCAAGCGCGAGGGUUUUGCAGCCUUGUAUGAGAGAGAAGAUGAACAGCGAAGUGCUAUAUUUGUGGCAACUGCUGUUCUCGAAGUGGGUGUGAACAUCCCGGGUCUUCGGCGUGUCAUUAGCUAUGGAGGAAGCAAGAGUGCAUCAUCGUGGAUUCAAGAGGGCGGCCGGCCUGCACGAGAACCAAACACUCACGGAGAGGCGAUCUUCUAUGUGAAGAAAUCCGACAUCGAUGCCGCCAUUACCUAUGUGCAGUCAGAACCCGUAGAUGAACGACUGUUAACAGCACGCGAUAGCAAUGCCCAUAUUGGAGAAGACGAUCGUACAGCCUCAGACGUAGAAGCUGGUGCUGCGGAGAGAAGGAGUGAAGGUGAUGCCUUCUGUACUGAUGAUCUUGCGAUGCCUGGUCCGUCGGAAAAUGGGAAUGAUGAUGGAGAAGGUCUGUGCCUUGACUACCUAGGCUGGACGUUUGUGUUGGAGGCUUCGGGAUGA